UGUUGUCGGAGUAAAUGUAUUCGGAGGAUUUUUUUACAGUGUCGGAGUAAAUGAAUGUCGGGGCAUCAUCAGUUCGUGGCAAUCUCCGGAACCCAAUUUUUCAUGUUGUUUCAAAAAUUUCAAAAUACUAAACAAAUUUCAUUUUUUUUUUUUACUAAAUUAAUUUCAUGGGUUAUUUAAUUAUAUUUAUAUGACAAUUUAUCAGUUCAAUAUUCAUGAAACAGAUAAUUUAACUGAAUCAUCAUAAAUUACCAUGGCAGAUAAACAUAAUGUUAUGUUUGUAUGUUUAGGAAAUAUAUGCCGUUCUCCAAUGGCUGAAGCUGUAUUCAAAGAAGUAAUUAAACAAAGAGGUAUUGCUGAUAAGUGGUAUGCUGAAAGUUCAGGCACUGGUGGUUGGCAUGUAGGUUGUUCUCCUGAUCAAAGAACUAUGGCUGUACUCAAGAAGAAUAAUAUCGAGUAUCAACAUACUGCACAACAGCUAGUGAAAGAUGAUUUUCAUAGGUUUGAUUUUAUUUUUGGUAUGGACAACAGUAAUAUAAGUGAAAUCAAUCGUAGAAAACCAAAAGGAUCUAAGGCAGAAGUUUUUUUGCUGGGGUCAUUUGACCCAAAAGGAGAAACUAUAAUUCAAGAUCCAUACUAUGAUUCUGAUAAUCUAGGAUUUGAAAAAUGUUAUAUUCAAUGCUGGAAAUCAUUCCAGAAUUAACAGCAGACUGCAUACAAAUUAAACGUAAUACCUAUUAUCAAACUUAAAACAUUAGAAUAACAAGUAAUUUUUCUUCAGAGGAACAAUGUGACUAAUUUAAUAUUAUAUUAAUGCUUGAUAUACAUUAAUUAGACUUUGUCAUAAGCAAGACUCGUAAGUUCAUGCAUUUAUAACUUUAGAUUUUUCAGUAAAUGCAAAAUUCAUAACUAAGCAAAAUACUUAACUAUAAGUAUUAUCAUUUGAAUAAAAUUGCCUUCAAAAUUACUGUAACAAAAUGUAUAAACAUACAAGUCUGGUUAUAAGUAACUGUAUAGUAAGAGCUACUAUUAACAAAAAUUAUUAUUUUCAUAUAAUUAUUUCAAUAAAAUAUACCAUAAUAAUAUCAUGUUUA